CGACAAAAAAACGUUUCGAGAAAAAUGCGUUAAAAAUAAUCAGAGUACUUUUUUCUACUAAAAUCAUCAAAAAGGAGAAAUUGAUUUUUUGGGUCGUAAAAAAUUUUUUUUCCAGUCGCAGUCAAAUAUAAGUCAUAAUAUUGAUUCAAAUAAAAAGAAGAUUGUCAAGGUUUACACAUAAAAAUUAAUAUUUUCAAUUUAAAGUGUUUAAAGCAACAAAACAAUUUAAAAUGGAUGUAUUACAUUUAAGUAAUCCUAUUGCAAGCGUACAACUUAUACCAAUUUUCAACUAUUUGAACUUACUUAGUGAUUUCUUAUUCGCUGAAAAUUACUUGCAUGAAAUCCAACAAUACCAACAAAUCGAAAUUGUUAAUUCACUUUAUGAUUAUUUGGAAGACUACAAUGAUAAUAAAACUAUGCAAAUGAAAUUAAUUCGAAAUUUAUUACGAAACAGUGAUCUAUACGGAGAAGCUAAUGAUGAAGAAGUUGACAAAAUUUUCAUUAAUUCAAUGUUUCAUUACAUCGUUAGUUCCCUUGUAUUUGAAAAAUAUGGAAAUAUUUAUGGAUUUUUAGCCGAAACAAUUCGUAAUGUAGAAAGUAUAAAUUAUGAAUUUGUUUUAAAGAUUAUAAAGAAGAAUUUAGAGAAUGCAAAAUUUCAAAAUGAGAAUGGAAUUAUAUCAAGUCUUAAUCAAUUAUCAGUCAAUGCAAUAUAUUCAGAUAUAAUUUUGCCCAUUUUUCCUAAAUCAAAAACUAAUCUUAGUAUAUUGUCUCUUGAUUAUAUAUUUGCACAAGCUGGUUCAACCUAUCUUCGAUUUGGAAGAAUAAAUGAUUUCUAUUCUUUUAAUUUUGAAAAUAAUAAUUUUAGAUACUUUCAAGAAAACUUGUUUGAUGAAUAUUUAAUAAUUGGACACAUAAUAAGCAACUUAUUUUAUCAUAAACAAAUAGAUCCUAUUACUCUAAGAGUUUUCGCUCUACCGGCUCUUUUAUAUUAUACUACCACUGAAGAUAAAGUAAAAAAUGAAACUAUAAGAAAUAUAAUUUUCAGUCCACAUCAUUGGAAGACAGCAUAUAAUAAUUUUUUAGAAUAUGUAGUUGAAGCUUUCGACCAAAUAGAAGAUCAAUUAAGGAAUGACUAUACUUAUAAAAUUCAUGUAGCAUUUUCACAUUUUCAAAGUCGUGCUUCAAUAGCUAAAUACUUUAUUGAUUCAAACUGUAGAUACUUGAGUGAGACACAAAGAGAAAGAAGAAUUUAUGCAUAUGUUCAACAUGGUGAACAAAUAGAAUGUAAAAGUGGAUUUUUUCUACCUACCAUUAAUAAUUCGUAUAAUAACCAAAUUUAUCAAUUAGGUGAAUUAUAUGGAAAUUAUGAUUUAAGAAUAAUGAUGCAAUAUUUUAAUGAAUCUUUAAUAGAAGAUUUUUAUAAUAUAAAAAUAAAUUUACUAGUUGCAAAUGACCAAGUAUUGGAUAGUCUUUUUAAAAAUUCAGAUUAUUUAUCUUAUGAUUUACUUGAAUUUGUUUACACUAACAAUAAAACUCUAGACUAUUAUGCUUUAAUAAGAAGAAACUACAGUGUUGAACUUACCAAAGAGACUGAUGAUCCAGAAUUUUUCCUUCAGCAAGUUGGACCAUCUCUCGGUGAACUAUUACGACCUGCAAAAAGAAUUACAUUAAAGUUUCCCGAAGACAGCGUAUAUCAAUUUUGUGAAGAGUUAAUGAAGUAUAAGAAAGAAAGAUUCAAAUCUUAUUUGAGUCUUUUUGACUACAAUCUACAAACUAAUGAAUGGUGGAAAGAAUUUGGAUUGUCUUUGGUCCCAUAUUAUCCCUGUUUAUCAAAUGUUACUACAUAUAGUGAUAUCGAGAAGAAUGUAUGCGAAAAAGAAAAUUUUAAAUUUUUCCAAAAAUUUACUCAAGAUAUAUCGUUACAAAUAGUACAGAAAAAAACGCAAACUUUCCUAUCAUCAUUUGGUACAACUAUCAAAUCAGUAUUUGUAAAGGACAUGCUAGAAAAAACUGUAGAAGCACUGGUAAUGCCUUAUGAACAAUCGAAACUCUCUUCCAAUAUUUAUAUAUUAAUGGAUAAAGUUUACGAAACAUUAUCUUUACACAUAGAAGAACCUAAAUAUGAGACUCUUUCCAUUACUCAAGAAGGAAUAAAGAGUGUGAGAACAAUUAUUACAGACUUAAAAACAAAAUUGAAUCGCAGCUUUAAAACUACUGAAGAGAUUCUAAAUAAUAUAAACAUUUUGAAUAACAAAUUUAUCAUAGGUGUUAAUAUAUUUGGCAGAAGUCGAAAACGAACAUUAUUUACAAUUACUUAUAAUAAUAAAACUUCUUAUGGUUACCGAUUUAUAAUUACUGAUACAUCUGACGAUAAAACUAAAAUUGCACUUAUGAGAACUGGAUAUGAAUUAAAAGAUAAAAUAUUUAUUAUACCGGGAAAUAAUUCAUCAGAAAUUCAAAAAAUAUAUACUAAAUUAAAUUUUGAAAAUAUGCAAUCUGAUUAUUCUAUAUACGAAAUUAAUAAUCAACUUCGAAAAAAAUCUACAAAAGUUGUAUUUUCUGGAAUAUCAAAUGAUAAUGUUUCUGAAGAUAAAUGUAUGCAACAUGAAUAUUUAGAUAAAACAGUAAAUGUUAAAAACUGUUUAAGAAUCGUGCAUUAUAAUGUAAAACGUGAUCAAAUUGAAGAUCUAGUAGAAUUAUUAAAAAAUAAAUUAUCCCUAGAUGGAGUACAUGUAGCAUCAGAGGAACAAAUACGUGAUAAAUUAAAAAUAUACACCUUUCCAGAUGACAAAACCUUCACAACACUCUUUGCCCAAAAAUGGUUAAGUGACACGAAAUUUGAAGAAUCUGAUUGGAGUAAAAGCUGUUUGAUAGAAAAUCCCGAUCUUUUGAAUAAACUCAGAUACGAUGUACUAUUGGAAAACAAUAAUGUAACAAUUCCUGAUGGAAAAUAUAGAAUCAGUUCUUCUUAUGCAUAUAGAGAAAGAUGUAAAAUUGAAAAAGGAACAUCGAUAGAAAAUAUAAUUAAUGACUUCAAUGAACGAGAAGAAGGUUUUUCGGUUUCAUUUGAAGAUUACUAUGCCAUACGAAAUUUUGCAAUGACUGGACAUGAGAGAAUAACUGCAGACACAAGUGAAUCGAGACUUAUGAAACUUGCUUUAUAUAAAUUAGCUAUAAGACAAUCUGAUGAUUUAAGAGAAAAAUAUGAUUGGACAUUAUAUCGAUUCGAAUCAAAACCUGCUGAGAUGGUAACUAAAAAAUUAUGUAAAGGAAAAAGAAUUAUUUUACAACAAUUUACAUCAACCUCAACAAGUAUACAAUCUGCCUUGAGAUUCGGUGUAAAACCAGCUUCUGGAUUUAGAAAUAUUCUGUAUAAAAUGAAAUUUGUUGAUCCAUAUUUUAGAGCAAAAAUUAAAACAAAAGUCGAUCAGUUUGAACCCAUUAAUGAAAUGAAUGUUAUUCUUUUACCUGGCAGUGAAUUUGAAAUUGAAAACAUUUCAAUAGGGACCAUGAGAGAAAUUGAUCACGUUUUCAUAGUGAUCAUGACUUUCAAUACAGAUAAUAGUAAGCACAAUUGGUAUAAACAUAUCAUGAGUCACAUAACAGAAAUGAAUAUAUAAACUUUUAAUUAUAUUAUAGAAUAUUAAUUUACUUGAAAGUCAUUACAAUAAAUAUAAUUAUUUAUUUUUUAUUUAUUAAAAAAUAUUAACUAUGUCUGUAUAGCUCCCUAUUGAA